AUGGGCCUGAUAGCUCCGAACCACUUUAUCCAGAAGGACUCGGCGAAUACGCGCAGCAAUGAUGAACAACUUCACCUUCCUUCUUCUCAAUCAUCCAUUAGUAACACUAAUAUUAUUCCGAUCUGUAAUGACUAUGAUGAAAAUACAUCAAAGAACAAGGAAAAUAUACCGAUUUCCUCACCGCUGAGUUGUAUACGUGACAGCAAUGAAAAUUUUAUGCAUUUUGUGGAAGAGAAUGUUAGCAAUAUUUCUAUUGAUGAUAGUAUUGAAAGAACAGAUCAUAAUAAUACUGAGUACAUUUUUGAUAACUCGAGUAGAAGUCUGAAUAAUGAGUUAUUAGAAAAGGACUACAAUGAGUGUCAGGAUGAUAAUAACAAAGUUUUGCAUUCAACGUUCACAGACAGUAUUGAAAGAACAUAUAAUAAUACUGAGUACAUUAUUGACAACCCGACUAAAAGUCUCAAUAAUGAGUUAUUAGAAAAGGACUACAAUAAUUGUCAGGACAAUAACA